AUGCCAACAAACGAUCUUUUCAAAACAUCAUGCACACAACAUAAUUGUAAAUCUGGUUGUCCAAACACUAUAUACAAGCCAAUACUUUUAUCGUUAGAAUCGACAUCCAAUAAAGAACAAGAAUAUACGCCGAAAACGAGACCUACUUUCAAUGAAGCAGAAUCAAUGAAACAAUCUCGACUCCGUAGCCUCUCACAUUGGAAAUACUUCAAACCAAGUAAUAAAGCAAUGGCAGCAGCCGGAUGGUUUUCAUGCAACGUUAGUGAUCGUGUUAUAUGUAUCUAUUGUAAUACAAUUUGUCAAGGAUGGAGAACAUCCGACGACCCUUUGGAAGUUCAUGCUCGAUUAGCACCAAAAUGUCCAUUUGUUCUCUCUCAAUCUGCUUUAUUAACAUCACCGAAAAUCGUCAAUGAAUCAGUCGUUGAGAGAUUUGAACCACAUCAUCCAACCAUGGCAGGAAUUGUUCGUCGAGAAGAAUCAUUUUCGAAAAGAGCAUGGCCAGAAGAUGCACCUAAUGUAGACAUACUAGUACGAGCUGGUUUCUUCUAUUCCGGUACGGAAAAUAUUGUCACUUGUUUUUAUUGCAAUGGUUCACUUCACAAAUGGGGACCACACGAUAAACCGAUAAUUGAGCAUGCACGAUGGUUUCCCAAAUGUACGUAUGCGAAACAUAUCUGCGGUGAAAAAUUGUACGAUCAAAUUCAAGAAUCAAAAAAACGAACCUCAUCCACAGAACAGAUCUUGAGUGCCAGUGAACUCGCCCAAUUAGUCGCAGCUAGACUUGAUUUACCAAUUGUCAAACAUCUUCAAUCGCAAUAUACAAUUAACAUCAUCAAACGUUGUAUUGAAGAUCAAUUCAAAAUAAAACAAGAUGAUUUUGCUUCAGAUAUCGACUUAUCGACGGCUUGUUUAAUACUCAAAAAGCAAAUUGAUCAUAUCAAAGGCUGUAAAGACAACAUUCUGACCCCAUGCGAUGCAUCAAAAUCAGAAGAUUCAUCCCAAUCAUCAAAACAAUCGUUGGGAGAAUGUUUCAUAUGUCUCACUGAAGAAAAACAACUGGCCUGUAUGCCAUGUGGACACCUGUGUGCAUGUGUAGUAUGCGGAUAUGCUCUUCGCACAUGUCCGAUGUGUCGACAGACAAUUCAAGGUUUUGAUAUAGCAGUGAUUGGAGAUGAAAUGCAAAUGAAUACACUGUCGAAUUCCGAAGAUCGACAUGGACUAGAAAGAACUCCGUUGGGUUUACGAAAGACGAUGUCGCGAUUACCUAAUCUGACUUUACCAGAAAAUGAACUGAUCGAAGUUGUGCAUCAUAAUUUCAAAAAUAAACAUAUCGGAAUCAAACUUCGGAGACGAUUUCAUCAGUCAGGACUACUUUCUUACUUUGGAUAUUUCAUGUUUAUUCUAUUUGCAAUCAUGGCAAGUACCGUUAGUAUCGUCCUAAUAUGUUUAGUUUCGGCGAGAAAGAAAGAUGUGCCAUGUACACUGAAGUUUAAAUCUAUGGCUAUAGAUUUUGAUAAACAACAUUCUCGUCCCCAAUCGAUUGCGAUAGCCGAUUUUAAUAACGACACAUUCUUAGAUGUUGCUGUAGCCAAUUCGAAUACACAUAAUGUCGGCAUUAGUUUAGGCACUGGUACUGGAAUUUUACGAAGACAAAAGACUUACUCAACUGGUUCGAAUUCUCAACCAUAUUCUAUUGCCAUCGGCGAUUUUAAUAACGACAAUCGAUUAGAUAUUGCUGCAGCAAAUUUCGGCACCCAUCAAGUCGGUAUUCUCAUAGGCGAUGGUAGUGGAAAUUUUCAUAUGGAGUCGAUCUUGUCUACCGGUAUCUCGCAACCAUUAUCCAUCAGCGUUGGUGACUUGAAUAACGAUAACAAUUUAGAUCUAGUUGUUGUCAAUCACGCUACGAAUUGUCUUGAUCUAUUUCUAGGAAAAGGCAAUGGAAACUUUUCUUUUCUGACAACCUAUUUUACUGGUUAUGAUUCGAUUCCAUACUCAACCAUUCUCGUCGAUUUCAAUCGCGAUACUUAUCUGGAUAUGAUUGUACUUAAUAAUGGAGCAAACAGCAUCGGGGUGUUCCUCAAUCAACAAAAUCAAUCGUUUACUGCACAAAAAAUGUAUUCAACUGGUUUCCAGUCGAGUCCUUGUUCAUUCGCUGUUGGAGAUCUCGACGGAGACAAUGCAUUAGAUAUUAUUGUAUCAAAUUCAGGUACUGGAAAUCUUCUCUUGUUGUUUGGCAACGGCCAGGGCACUUUCGAACAUCGAAAGAAUGUUUCAACUAACAUUUACGAUCAAUCACAGAUAAUCGUCGCUGAUUUCAAUAAAGAUACGAAGUUAGACAUAGCUAUCACGGAUUAUUCGAAUAGUCGAAUAAUAAUCCUACUUGGAGAUCAGAGUUUUGCAUAUACAAAUCGUCUAAUCUAUUGGAAUGGCUUUGGAACAAAUCCUUCAUCGAUUGCUACUCGUGAUAUCAAUAAUGACAAUCGCUUAGAUAUUCUUGUAACGAAUUACGCUACGAAUAGUAUAGGUGUCUAUCUUGGAUACGAUCCGGGCGUUUUCAAAAAUACGAAUAGUUAUUUCACAGGAGAUUUUUCAAAUCCAAAAUCGAUUGCUACCGGUGAUUUGAACAAUGAUAAUCAAACAGAUAUCAUUGUUGGAAAUAACCAAGCAGAUAAUAUUGGUAUUUUCUUCGGUUCAGGCAAUGGAACAUUCUCGAAUCAAACAACCUAUUCCACAGGUUCAAAUUCCACACCUUCGUGUUUGCAAAUCACUGAUUUCAACAAUGAUCAACGGUUAGAUAUCAUCGUUACUCUCUCGAAAAGCGAUACGAUUGGCAUUUUCUUUGGAGAUGGUAGCGGAGAACUUUCGUCGUUACAAACUAUAUCUGUUGAAAGUGGAUCUACACCAACCUAUGUUGAUAUCGGUGACUUUAAUAAUGAUAGUUGUAUUGAUUUCGUCGUUGGAAAGUAUAAUCUCCAAAAUAUUGGAGUAUUUCUCGGCUACUGCAAUGGAAGUUUCAGCAAUCAAACUGAAUAUGUAACCACAAGCAUAACAAAUCCUGAUGUGAUCGGCAUUGCUGACAUGAAUAACGAUCGAUACGUCGAUAUUGUUGUGGUGGAUUCAUUCGCCAGUAAUUUUAGCAUAUUCUUCAACGAGGGAAAUGGGAUAUUUCGAAAUGGAACGAUUUAUACGUCGAAGUAUGGUUUAAGUGCAACAUCAAUUGCUAUCGCUGACAUUGAUCGUGAUCAACAACUUGAUCUAAUCAUAGCGUAUAGCUUAAGUAAUAAUAUUGUGAUUUUUUAUGGGAAAUUUAGUACGAAUUUCGAUCGUGAAGUUAUGUAUCAGAAUGAUUUGUAUUCAGCGCCCUACUCAGUGUCAAUAGGCGAUCUGAAUAAUGACGAUAUAGUGGAUAUUGUAGUUGCAAAUGGCCGAAAUAAUAAUCUGGGUAUUUUUCUCGGAUUUCCAAAUGGAACCUUCGAUGAUCAAAUAAACUACUCGACUGGAAAUAAUUCCGGUCCAUCGGCAUUGACUAUCAGCAAUGUCAAUCGCGAUAAUCGUCUCGAUCUUCUGGUUACCUAUUCUCUAAGUGACUACGUCGCUAUUUUUCUUGGAUACGACUAUGGCGCAUUACAAAAUCCGAGUGUUUAUACGACCGGUUCGGCAUCCCAACCACUUUCACUUGCUGUUGGCGACUUCAAUCAUGAUAAUCGAUAUGAUUUAGCUAUUAUGGAUUACGGCACGGAAGAACUAGAGAUUCGAUUUGGACAUGACAAUGGAAGUUUUUCGACUGAAAUGACCUAUUCAACGGGCUCGGGAUCUCUGCCAACUGACCUUGCUCUAGGUGAUUUCAAUCGUGAUAGCUAUCUAGACAUCGUAACGACUGAUUUCGGUGCAAAUUCAAUCAGUAUUUUCUACGGGUCUGAAAAUGGAACCUUCACUCUCAAAGCAACGUAUUCAACGGGAACGAAUUCUCGGCCGAUAUCAGUUGUCACCGCGAAUAUAAACAACGAUGAAUGGAUCGACUUAGUUGUAUCCAAUUCAGGCGCAAAUAAUAUCAGUAUCUUUCUUGGUUAUCAGUACACAUCAUUGUUAGCCCAAGUUACUUAUGCCAUUGAUCUUCGUUCUCAUCCGAUUUAUGUCAUCGUCGGUGACUUUAAUAAUGACAAUCAUCUGGAUGUUGUUAGUAGUACAGAUGGACAAGCGACCGGAAGUAUCUUUCUCGGUUAUGGUAAUGGCACGUUCGCUUCACCGUCGACCUUUUCGACGAUUUCGUUUCGUGAAUCGCAGCUAAUUGCGAGCGGGUAUUUUAAUCAUGAUCAAUGUUUAGAUCUUGUCACCGUGAACAUCUAUCAAAGCCUGUUUUCAAUCUUUCUCGGCUCAUGCAACGGAAGUUUUGAAAAUACUGCUAUCUAUUUCAAUAGUAAUAGUUCCUAUCCGUCGGCAAUCGUCACCGGUGAUUUUAAUCACGAUAAUCUAUCAGAUAUCGUCUUGGCAAUCAGUACUUCGAAUAGUAUUAAUAUAUAUUUUAGUAAAGGAAAUGGUACGUUCACAAACGCAACGACUUAUUCAACUGGAAUUGCGACCAGUCCAAGUGCAUUGGCUAAAUUCGAUUUCAAUAACGAUACCUAUUUAGAUAUCGCAGUAACGAACUAUAAUGCAAGUAGUAUAACAAUAUUUUUCUCGAGUCAAAACGGAAGCUUUCUCCGACAGAAGAUUUAUUCUACUGGAUUCAAUACCACACCGAGCUUGAUCACACUGGGUGAUUUCAAUAGCGAUCGAUGGAUCGAUAUUUUAAUUAUCAAUCUGAUGAAUAAUCAAGUUGGAGUUUUACUCGCUACUCAAAAUGGAUCAUUCGCUAACCAAAUCAAGUAUUCUAUUCAGUUAAUCGAUAAGCCAUCGUCGAUUGCAGUGAACGAUUUUAACAAUGAUUUCUUCUUAGAUAUCGUAACAACCGGAUCGGGAGACGAUACAUUACGUAUUUAUUACGGAAAUAACGAUGGCACAUUUGGUCUACAAACGAUGUACACAACAGGAGCACAAUCAAGUCCCUUGUCCUUAGCGAUCGGAGAUUUCAACGGUGACGAUGAGAACGAUAUCGUUGUUGCCAAUUAUGCUACUUCAAAUAUUGGAAUAUUUCUUGCUUACUGCUGCGAACCAUUUCUAAUUCAAACAACAGUCUCUACUGGAAAUCAAUCAGUCCCACAGUCGAUAGCUGUUGGAGAUUUGAAUCACGAUGAUCGAAUGGAUCUUGUUGUAGGUAAUUCAAAUGCGGAAAAUAUCGGCAUCUUUUUCGGCUAUGGUAAUGGAUUAUUUACGAAUCAGAUGAUACUCGCAACUGGAAAUAACAGUUCUCCAGUUUCAGUUGCUCUUAUAGAUCUCAACGGCGAUUCUUGGUUAGAUAUUCUUGUCGCGAACUAUGUAAAUGAAGCAAUUCUCAUUUUUCUCGGUGAGAACAAUGGAACUUUCGCUAAUCCCAGCACAUUUCAUCUCGACGUCGGCUCCCGUCCCUCAUCGAUCACGCAUGUUGAUCUUAAUGAAAACAAUCAAUUAAGUGUCGUUAUCACUGAUCAUGGUAGAAAUCAGGUCUAUCUUCUCCAAGAUUAUCAAAACGGUGUCUUCACAAAUGUGAGAAGUUUUGCAACUGGAUACCAAUCGCUACCCUAUGCAGUUGCAUAUGCAGAUUUGAACAACGAUGGCAUGGAAGAUCUGAUGAUAGCUUUAGCUGGAGAAAGUAACAUUGGCUUUAUUUCCAAAAUGUGUUAG